GAGAACUGUGUGGUUUGCUUGGGUGAUCAAGAGCCAACUUGUCAUACUUUUCUCAAUACAGAUACUUGAGUUGAAGCUAAUACUCUUCUCAUUCAUGAUAUGAACUAUGAAUCUGAGCCAGUGUCAUAGCUGCUGAUUCUCUCCUCAUUUGCUGAGCACAUGGGCUGUUGCCUCCCUGACCAUGUGGUAAGGGCACCGAUCUGAGGCUGGUUGUGGAGACAGAUCUCCCUCCUCUUGGAUCAGUAAACAUAGAAGAAUUCUCUUUCUGGCUGUGGAAAUUUACAUGAUCUGCAAAAUCAUUGUUGAAUCAAAUGGGAAUCUCGCUAAAGAUAACUUGAGUCAACUGAGAUGUCACUUCACUUGGGAGUUGCAAAUUGAAGACGAUGAAAUGCAUGAUCUAGAAAACAGAGUCUUCGACCAGAUGGAGUUCUUGGACACCCAGUGUGGCGUGCGCAUGCACAACCUCCUGGCCUACGUCAAGCACCUGGAAGGCCAGGAUGAGGAGGCUCUGGGGAGUCUGCGGGAUGCUGAGGAGGCCAUGCCACAAGAGCACGGCCAUGGGCCAGACGUGAAAAGUCUGGUUACCUGGGGAAACUUCGCCUGGCUGUGCUACCACAUGGGCAGACUCGCAGAAACCCAGAGUUACCUAGACAAGGUAGAAGCCAUCUGCAGGAAGUUUUCAGGUCAAUCCAGCUACAGAAUGGAGAGUCCUGAGAUGGACUCUGAGGAAGGAUGGGCUUUGCUGAAGUGUGGAGCAAAGAAUUACGAACGGGCAGAAGCUUGCUUUGAAAAGGCUCUAGAAGCGCAGCCUGAGAAUCCUGAAUUCAGUGCUGGGUAUGCAAUUGUCAUCUACCGUCUGGAUGGCAUAAACAGGACAUCGCUGAGCCUGCAGCCCCUGCAAAAGGCCCUCCGCUUAAACCCAGAAAAUGUGUAUGUUAAGGUUCUCCUGGCCCUGAAGCUUCAGGAUCUCAGACAAGAAGCUGAAGCAGAAAAGCACAUUAAAGAAGCGCUCAGCAGCACAUCUUCACAGACCUAUGUCUUGCGAUACGCAGGCAAGUUUUACAGAAGAAAAGGCUUUCUGGAUAAAGCUCUUCACCUCUUUAAAAUGGCCUUGCAGGCCACACCUUCCUCCGCCUUACUGAACCACCAGAUAGGGCUCUGCUACAGGGCACAUGUCUUGCGAAUCAAGAAAGCCGCCAACUGGAAGCCCAGAGCACUGGACAGAGAAAAGGUUGAGAAAAUAGCAAGGUUAGCUAUACGCCAUCUGGAAUUUGCCGUGGAGCAAAAACCCACUUUUGGGAUUGCCCACGUGCACCUGGCCGAGAUGUACACAGAGACAGGCAACUACAGAAAGGCUGAAGAGGCUUACCACAAAGUCCUGAACAUGACAUCACUCAAAGAAGAGGACUUGCAGGAGGUCCACUUCCAGUAUGGCCGAUUUCAGGAAUUUCAAAGGAAAUCUGAAGUGGAUGCAGUUGUCCACUACCUAAAAGCAAUCAAAAUAGAAACGCCAUCGUUUUCAAGAAAUAAGAGUAUCCAGUCUUUGGAGAAACUGGCUUUAAGGAAACUUCAGAAAAAUACAUCUGACGUGGAGAGCUUGAGCUUCCUUGGGUUAAUUUGCAAACUGAGAGGAGACUUGAGUGAGGCCGUAGAGCACUAUGAACGAGCCCUGAGGCUGGCUGCUGGCGGGGAGACUGCUGAGGGCCACAGCUCUCUGGAGCUUUCACAGUCCACCUGAGUUGACAUAAACCAUCUUUUCUGUGUGUAGUUUUCAGGACACUAUGAAACUUCCUAUAAUGAUAUAAUUUGGGAUGCUUUUAUUGUUUUGUGGAACUGACACAUACAUGACUUUACCACUCUCUGCCUUUUUCAUUUACAGAGAAAGUGAACACUGCAUAGCUUCCCACAGUUUGCUGUGACACUCUCACAUGCUGGGGCUUUCAAACUUGGAUCAUUUACAUGGCAAGGCACAUACCCUAAUUAUCUCUAACUUUAAAAUUACUUAUUUUAUUGAUCCAGUAUCAGUAUAGGUGUAGUUUAUGACUUCAGGAGUAGUUUCACACACCUGUAGGCAUGACCCAUCACACCCACCACCAAAUUUGCUGUUUUAUCAGAGACCCCACUGCCUAUGCCCCCUUUCCUGUUCACAAUGUAAUUUUUGAAUGAUUCCUCAAAUCUGAUAAAGUACAGCUAUAUUAAACAAAUAAUGAAACAGUAUCUCUCUGUGUGAGAGAUAGAGGAGUCACUUAAUAAUGUCUCCUUAAAUCCUAUAGAGCAUAGAAAAGUUUGUUGAGUGUAUUUGUAAAAUUCUGGUUUUACAUAAAAGGAAAUAUUUACUUUCUUCUUAAUUUUCAGUGUGAGAUGCCCCAAGUAUAGUGAUUAUGGAAUGGAAAAAAUUACCUUUCCUCUCCCCUUCUCAGUUCAUUUCAAAGUCCGUAACAUUGAAAUCCUACACCAAAACAAGGGCUGAUAGAACCUAAGGUGAGGAAGAGCUUGAGCUGUUUACAGAAACUCUUUGCAAAGAAACAGUUCAUAGGCUAAAAUUGAAUCUAAAAACAAAAGCACUCACAUCCCCACCCCAGUUCCUGCUGAUCUUGCCCUCUUAAGAUAAUGAAGGCUAGUUCAGACUACUGGUAGACCCGAGCCACAGCAGGAAGCUGGAGGAACCAGUAGUGGAGGCUAGAUCAAAAGGUCCUCUGCUCCUGCCUGAGUGCCCCAAGUCUGACUUUUCAGACUUGCCUCACUUCCACCUGAAUGAAAAGAUGACAUUCUUUUGAGUGGGGAGGUUGGUUCAGAGUAAACAUUCCAGCCCCCAAUUACUGAAUGGCAAUAAAACUUUUUCCCUUUGUGCAAAA